AUGACUGGAAUAUAUUGCUUUCCAAAACAAGGUUUCUUCUGGAUGAACACAACUCGUGUCGAAUCCAUAUCGUCAGUCAUGAGUCGAGAUCGUUUUUUAGAAAUCAAAAAGUAUGUACAUGUUGUUGAUAAUUCAAAGCAACUAAAUCGUAAUGAUCCAAAUUUUGAUCGCGCACAUAAACUGCGUCCAUUAUUAAACAUUGUUAAAGAAAACUUCAUAAAAAUUGAUAAAGAAGAAAAAUUAAGUGUGGAUGAACAAAUAAUACCUUUCAAAGGAAAAAGCAUAAUGAAGCAACAUAUGCCAAACAAACCGAAUCGAUGGGGAUAA